AUGAGCCGCCAGUUUAGUUCUCAGUCGGCGUUUAGCUCAAGGAGCAGGAGGGUUUACAGUGCUGGCUCUGGUGGUGGGAGUUGGGCUGUGGGGUCUGUGUGUCAGGCCCGAGGGAGGUGUGGUGGUGGUGGGUAUGGGAGCCAUGCAAGGGGGUUUGGCUCCAGAAGCCUCUACAAUCUGGGUGGCAGUAAAAGCAUCUCCAUGAUCCUAGUGGGGAGAAGCGCCUGUGGUUUCCACCAGGGUGGGGGAGCAGGAUUUGGAGGAAGAAGAAACUUUGGAGGUGGUGGCUUUGGAGGUGGUGGCUUUGGAGGUGGCGGCUAUGGAGGAGGUGGUUUUGGGGGUGCUGGGUUUGGAGGUAGCAGUUUUGGGGGCUUUGGUCCUUCUUGUCCCCCGGGAGGCAUCCAAGAGGUGACCAUUAACCAGAGCCUCCUACAGCCACUCCACCUGGAGGUAGACCCUGAAAUUCAGAGGGUCAAGACCCAGGAGCGGGAGCAGAUCAUGGUUCUCAACAACAAAUUUGCCUCCUUCAUCAACAAGGUGCGAUUCCUGGAGCAGCAGAAUCGGGUGCUACAAACGAAAUGGCUGCUGCUGCAGCAGGUAGACACGUCGACUCAGGCCAACAACCUGGAGCCCAUCUUUGAGAGAUACAUCAGUGAACUUCGGAGGCGGGUGGAUUUUCUCAACACGGAGCAGAUGCGCCAGAAGACAGAGAUCAGGAGCGUGCAGGAUCUCGUGGAGGACUACAAGAACAGAUAUGAGGAAGAAAUCAACCAGAGGACCAGCACGGAGAAUGACUUUGUGGUCCUGAAGAAGGGCGUGGAUGCUGCUUACUUGAGCAAAGUGGACCUGGAGUCCAAGGCGGACGUUCUGUUUGGAGAAGUUAAUUUCCUGAAAUACUUAUUUCAGACGGAGCUGUCCCAGAUGCAGACCCACAUCAGCGACACCAACGUCAUCCUGUCCAUGGACAACAACCGCUCCCUGGACCUGGACAGCAUCAUCGCCGCGGUGCGGACCCAGUACGAGCAGAUCGCACAGAAGAGCAAGGCCGAGGCCGAGGCGCUGUACCAGACCAAGUACCAGGAGCUCCAGGUCACAGCAGGAAGACAUGGAGAUGAGCUGCAGAACAGCAAGACGGAGAUCGUUGAGCUCAAUCGCAUCAUCCAGAGGCUGCAGACAGAAAUCAGCAACGUCAAGAAGCAGGCUGACCAGAUGCACACAGCCAUUUCGGACGCAGAGGAGAGAGGAGAGCGGGCCCUCCAGGACGCACGGCAGAAGCUGCAGAACAUGGAGGAGGCCCUGCAGCAGGCCAAGGAGGAGCUGGCCCGGCUGUUGCGCGAGUACCAGGAGCUGCUGGGAGUCAAGCUGUCUCUGGACGUGGAGAUCGCCACCUACCGCAAGCUGCUGGAGGGCGAGGAGUGCAGGAUGUCAGGGGAGCUGCAGAGCCACGUGAGCAUCUCUAUGCAGAGCAGUCAGGCGUCCGUCAGCAGCGGGGGCGGCGGCGGCGCCGGAGACUCUGGAGGUUACAGCGGCGGUGGAUACGGCGGCGGCGGCGGCGGCAGCUCCCGCGGAGGCGGCGGGGGCUCCGGAGGGGGCUCCGGCGGGGGCGGUGGAAGCGGUUAUGGGAGCGGCAGCGGCGGAGGCUAUGGCGGGAGCAGCAAAGGCAGCAGCAAGCACGGGGGCAGAAGCGGCGGCGGCUUCUCCCGCCUGCAGAUCAUCCAAACGUCUACCAACACCUCCCACAGGCGAAUCCUGGAGUAG